AUGCUUGAUGAUACAUUUAUUGGACUAAGAAAUAAUAUUGGUGGUAUAUUUACAUUCAAUAAUUUCCUUUCUACUACUGAUGACUUGAAUGUCGCGAUGAAAUUUGGACAAAGAUCUACAGAUCAAGAUGGUAAAACUUCUGUUCUAUUUGAAGUAGAAGUUGAUCGAACUGUAAUAACAACUCCAUUUGCUUCAUUAAAUGAUAUUAGUUAUUAUAAUGAAAGAGAAAAAGAAAUUCUUUUUUCGAUGCAUGCCGUUUUUCGAAUCGUUCAAGUCAAAGAAAACAAUGAUCAUAUAUGGAAAGUUAGCUUGAAAUCGGUGAGCAAUAACGAUUUACAAACUAUACAAUUAACUGAACAGAUAAGACGAGAAAUUGGUGAAGGAAGUGCGAUCGAUCGGUUAGGUCAAUUAAUGAUUACAUUAGGCGAACUUGACAAAGCCGAAGCAAUGUAUCAACUAUUACUGGAUUCAACACAUAAUAAUGAUGAAAAAACAAUUGCUUCAAUAUAUAAUCAAUUGGGAUAUAUUAAAUAUAAACAAGGAAAUGAUCUGGAAGCUCAAACAUUCUAUGAAAAAGUAAUUAAAAUUCAAGAAAAAAUAAGUCCUUCAACUAAUCUUGAUCUAGCAGCUACUUAUAAUAAUAUGGAUCUUUUGUGUACCAACUUCAACGACACUUCUAAAGCACUGUCAUAUCAUCAAAAAGCCCUUGCUAUACGAGAAAAAAAGCUGACAGUAAACCAUCCAGAUCUAGCUACUACUUAUAACAAUAUCGGACUUGUAUAUGAUCAAAGACAAGAAUAUGCAAUUGCUUUGCCAUAUUAUGAAAAGACACUUAAAAUCUAUAAACAAAUUCUUCCAGCAAAUCAUCCUUGGUUGGCUACUACUUACAAAAAUAUUGGUCUUGCCCAAAUAUCUAUGGGAGAACGCAUGGCUGGACUUAAUAAUCUUCAAAAAGCUAUGGAUAUACGAAAAUAA